UUUUUCCUACCUCCACGUCAAAGCUUUGAAGAGCUAUAAGAAGGAACUGUACAAAAUGAAAACAAGACCACUAGAUCUAUUUCUCAAUUCAGUUCUUAUUAUUAUUCCAAGAUAAACGGCAUGAUAUUUUGAUAUAAACCGAUUAUUUACAUUAAAAGUAGACACCUUUGAAUUGCAGGAAAAUGGGUGUGUUUAGGAUAAUGAAACAACUGAUUCACUGGGGACCAAUAGUGGCUCUGUCGAUCAUAUUUUUUAUAUCAGGCUCUACUGUGAACUGUGUUCUAAUGUACUGGCCACUCUAUACAGAUGGAGGGAUCAUCAACUUCCUUAUUUUCUUGCUAUGGAAUUUUUUAACCUUGUACAAUUAUUUUUGUGCAGUAGUAAAAGGUCCAGGUUUUGUGCCUUACAGCUGGAGACCAAAACGUAAAGAACACUGCAAGAAGUUACAGUAUUGUGAACUGUGUGAAAGUUACAAAUCACCAAGAUCUCAUCAUUGUAGAAAAUGUGAUAGAUGUGUUAUGAAGAUGGACCACCAUUGUCCAUGGAUAAAUACGUGUUGUGGACAUUUUAACCACGGCAAUUUCACCUACUUCCUGUUUUUUGCUCCAUGUGGAUGUUUUCAUUCUCUGUUUAUUCUAAUUCCAAGUAUAUACAAGGCUCUUAAUUUUACGUGGUAUUUACACCAUGGCAGUAGAGAUCAACUGGUAUAUCUAGGUAUAGGAGGAUUUCUGUCAUGUAUGUUUGCCAUAGGUCUUGCCAUAGGAGUUAUAAUUGCAGUUGGACUGCUCUUUGUGAUACAGCUUAAAAGCAUUUUAAAGAAUGAAACUGGUAUAGAAACUUGGAUUAUAGAAAAGGCUGAGGACAGAGACCGGGAUGAGGAUGAGGAUGACUUCAUAUAUCCGUAUCAUCUUGGCUGGCGAAGAAAUCUCGCACAAGUAUUCACAUGGUCUGGAAAACCAAAGUCAGAUGGAUUCACCUGGGAUGUUGUAGAAGGUUGUGACCAGUUCACUUUUACUGAAGAGCAGUUGAAACAGAAAGCUUUAAAACGUGAUAGAACUCAGGAGUAUAUAGUGGUAGAGGAUUACUCUGGUGCACUUAUACCACUGUCUAAGGGCUGCGGUAUGUGCUGUGGUAUACCAUGUACAGAUGAACCAAGGAUACCGGUGAAAAAAGGAGAUAUUGUCAAGGUUACCAGGUGGAAAAAAAAAUGGCUUUAUGGUACAAAAGUAAUGACAGAUAAAGAAAGAUCUUCAGGUCAGAGACGGCAACGAGGAUGGUUUCCAAGGCGUUGUGCUAGGGACUAUAUCUCUGAUACAUCAAAUGGUGAACUCGAUUCACAGUCACAGAAUUCAGACAAGAAAAAAGACUAGUGUCUUUAUGAAUAAAUUGUUAAAAAGUUAUAGUGGGUUAUAAGGUAGAUGUUUAGGAUAAGUGGACCACAGCACAUCCAGAGGGCACCUCACAAAAUAUCAUACUCUUAGUAUCUCUAAGCACCUACAGUCAAGUGUUCAGUGGCAAAUUUUAGAUAUGCCAAGCAAAGGCAGGGUUUUAGGAUUGCCUCAGUUAAUAGUUUGCAUAAGAAUGGGUAUUCAUGCUUUACAUAACUUUACUUAUAGUUUAUAAUUGUUCUGUUUAGGGGCCAAAGAUGUUGUUUUAGACUCUGUUUUUAACAGGUUGCCUGAGGUUUUACUUUGUAUUGUUAAAGUCUAUUUAUUGAUCAUACAUCAUCUUAAAGGCCUAUUUGAAAACUGGUAUACAUUUCUUCAUAUUAAACACAAUAUUGUUAUGUUGAAA